AGUGACUUGAGUUUCAUCUUCAGAGAUCUUUAUUAUAUUUAUUUUUUAUAUGAAGGAAGUAACAGGGAACAACACUAUGUUUGGGUGUUUUUUCCAAGUACUUCAGAAUGAAUCUCACAGCAUUGAACCAAACUGAUGGCUGUCAGGAAUAUUUCUGUCCAAAGAGAUCUGUUUCUUUAUCUGUCUAUGUGAUUCAGUAUGUGGCCACAGCAGCUGUGGCUCUUCUGACUGUGUGUGGAAACCUGCUGGUCAUCAUCUCUGUUAGUCACUUCAAGCAGCUCCACACACCUGCUAACAUCCUCAUCCUCUCUUUGGCUGUGUCUGAUCUGCUGGUCGGAGUUUUUGUGAUGCCACUUCAUUUGUCUUGGCUCAUUGAGUCUUGUUGGAUUUCUGGACCAGUGAUGUGCUCAGUUUUCAAUUUUGUGACUUUUCUUGCGACAAGCGUGUCUGUUCACACUGUGGCUCUAAUCGCAGUUGAUCGGUUUUUGGCAUUACGCUCGCCUUUCGUUUACUCUGAGAAAAUCUCACCCACUGUGAUCUGCAUUGCAACUUUAUUUAACUGUCUGUUUUCACUCCUUUAUAACAUCACUCUUCUCUUCAUUAAUGGAAACUUCACUGAUGUCACAUGUCCAGGAAAAUGUGUUUAUAUUAUUAAUAGGGUUUCAUCCCUCAUUGAUCUCCUGGUUGUGUUUCUUGUGCCAUGUACACUCAUCAUAAUAUUAUACACUCAUGUUUUUGUCAUUGCUAAGAAACAUGCGACUGCUAUAAGAGCCCUUCAGGUUCACAACAGCACCUCUAAAAACAGAGUCAGUGACAAAUCAGAGCGAAAAGCUGCGAUUCUGCUGGGGAUUCUGGUCUUUGUAUUUCUUCUGUGUUUACUGCCAUAUUACAUUUGUUCUUUAGUGAUUCCAUACAAUAAUGAUGACUUGUUUCAUGUCAGAGAUGUUGCUGUAAUAUUAUUUUUCCUGAACUCCACUAUUAAUCCCAUCAUUUAUGCCUUAUUCUAUCCCUGGUUCCAGAAAAGCUUAAAUUUAAUUUUCACAUUUAAAGUGUUUAAAAAAGACUCCUCCCUGAUGAAUGUGAUGUAAGUCAUUGAAUGUAAGACAGAAUGUUUCUUCUCUUUUUUUAUCACAUUUUUCAUAUAUGCUUUGUCUAUAGGUCAAUGUAUUUUUCUUCAUUAUUUUGUCAUAUUAAACAUGGGUCUAGACUAUAAAACAUCUGUUGAAUAUUUCCUCAAUUAUUGCAGAGAUAGAGUAUAUUUAACACACAUUGACAUUUUUGACAGACUUGUAAGGGUCGUUGUUUAACAUGUUGUAAUGUGAACACCAGAUUAUAGCUGCUUCAUGUGUCACAAACAUUACAUUGGCCUUGCACAUAUAAUAGGCCU